CUUGAUUUCAAUUCGAGGGAGACAGUUUUGUUCACCUAUACCGUAAAGACUUGUACAAUCCUGAUAUAGUCCGGUCGACUUACCAGACUGACCGCCUCGGUCAACCUUCCCGAAGUGGUCCCAAAAGGCAACGUGACGCUUCUUGUCCAUCAACCAUCUCAGGAACGACAAUACCCCAGAAUCAUUACUUUUAACUCAACUCUACGUCCUUAAUCAAUUAACCGCAGCCAUGGAUCCUUUCUCAGCUGAGGGUGAACUCAUCAACAUCCACAGCGCCUUCCACCAAGGCCAAUACCAAUCCGUCCUCGACUUUGAUACCUCCGCGCUCUCCUCUGAAAACCACCUCCCCGCCCGCGUCCUGCAAUUCCGCGCCAAAAUCGCCCUCGGCCAGCCCGACCAAGUCAUCUCCGAAAUCCAGUCCGAAGAUGACACCCCGGAUCUCGCUGCCGUGAAAGCGCUGGCGCAGCAUGCGACGGGCGAUGAGGAUGUUGCAGUGAAGGGCGCGCAGGAGCUUGUUGGGAAGUAUUCGGAGAAUGCUAGUGUGCUUGUUUGUGCUGGAACGGUGUUGGCGGCAUCGGGAAAAGAAGAGGAGGCGUUGGGGGUUUUGGGUAUGCAUCAGGGGAGUCUUGAGGCGGUCGCUUUGAUCGUUCAGAUCCAUCUACAGCAGAACCGGACCGAUUUGGCGAUUAAGGAAGUGCAGGCUGCGAAGCGCUGGGCUCAGGAUUCGCUUUUGGUGAACUUGGCUGAGUCGUGGGUUGGAAUGAGAGUCGGCGGCGAACAAUACCAAUCCGCAUUUUACGUCUACGAAGAACUCGCAGCCGCCCCCAGUACUACUGCUGCGCUGUCGACUGUCGGCCAGGCCGUUGCGGAAUUGCACCUGGGACGGAUCCCCGAGGCUGAGGCUGCGCUGUCGGCUGCUCUGGAGAAAUACCCCGAUGAUAUGGAGUUGAUUGCCAACACAAUUGUGUUGAAUGUGUUGGCUGGGAAGCCGACUGAGGAGUUGGAGUUACGUCUUCAGCAAGUUCAGCCAUCGCAUACCCUUUUGGCCGAUAUUGAAGAGAAAAGCGAGCUUUUCGAUACGGCGGCUGCCAAGUAUGCACCACGGGUGUCUUCGUGAAUUUUGUCUUGGUAAUUUUCUGCUAUUCGCAUUUUUUUAUAGAUAUACCACAUUGAUUGCCGGGUUACUUAAUGAAUUGAUACGACGGCGCAACUAUCCUUAGUGUAAUCAUCAAAUGUAUACCAAAUACC